AGAGAGAGAGAGAGAGAGAGAGAGAGAGAGAGAGAGAGAACCCGGGACCGAGGAAAGUGACCCGCAGUUUCUCACGGACUACAGGCGGAUCCCGGGAAGAGCACCGAGACUCCUCAGGAAUACCGCGAUCCCUCCCCGGACUCCUCUAAUGUCAUCGAGCUCAUAGCGCGCGUCAGUUACAGCUCAGUCUGUGGUGAAGGAGAAUAACCGUCAUUUCUGCGCACUUUGUGAACGCGUCUGACCUGCGCAGCUGCACCUGCGCGUCCCGGAAACAUGGACGGAUCACCGGGGACCGACACCGAGAGGAGCUCCAGAACAACACCAUGCCGGACCGACACCGAGAGGAGCUCCAGAACAACACCAUGCCGGACACGGAGACUCGACGGGAGUAUGCGAGCCUUCUUCAUCAUGUGUUUCAAAGUCCUCAUCAUCCAGGGCUCGUCUCUCCAGUUCUCCAAGGAGCCGAAGUCUCAGGACGCGCUGCACGGGCGCAGUGCGAUCCUGCGCUGUGAGGUCAGCGACCCGGAGAACACACACUUCUCCUGGACUCAGGACGGGCGGCGCGUGCAGGACUCGACCCGCCGCUUCCAGGAGGGCAGUAACCUGAAGUUCACAUCCGUGGACCGACACAACGACACGGGGAGCUUCCAGUGUGUGGCGUCCAGCAGCGCCACCGGAGAGACACUCACCUCCAGCAGCGCCUCCUUCAACAUCAAGUGGCUGGAGAGGGGGCCGGUCAGCAUGAAGGAUCCCGCCUCAGAGGCGGAGCUAGAGGAGGCUGAGCGAAUCGUGUUGCAGUGUCACAUUGAUGGACAUCCACGGCCCAGCAGUAAAUGGUUCAGAGAUGGAGAACAGCUGGCCGGGAAGGACCGGAUCCUCACGCUGAACGACCUCAGCCCAGGGGAUUCUGGGAUUUACUACUGCUGUGCUCGAAAUGCAGCCGGACAAGUGUGCAGCGACCACAACAUCACGCUCAACGUCAUCGAUAAGACUCUCCCCCGUGUGCUGGUGGCUCCAGUGGAUCAGGUGGUUCUGGGUAACGAGGACGCUGUGUUUCACUGUCGGUUCAGAGCCAAGCCUCCGCCGGUUCUCCAGUGGUUCCACGACACAGAACCCGUCGUCAACACAUCAGGGGUUGUGGUGUAUGCUAACGGCACACUGCACAUUACUCAGGUGAAGCAGCGAAGCACAGGUGUGUAUAAGUGUGUGGCUCAGUAUGGAAAGAACAAACACGUGGACGUGGAGGCAGCACUCAGGAUCGCAGAGAUCAGUGAGAUGGGCGAGCGCAUGUCUCGGGUGUUCUCGUCCUCCAUCAGGGCGAGUGUGAGGUGUGAUCCUCCGCGGGGUCAGCCGGAGCCUCAGGUGUGGUGGGAGCGCGCUGGUGCUCGUGUGGCGUCUGAGGGUCGAGUCCACCAGCGCGACAGAGACCUGAUCUUCAGCAACACACACACCUCAGACUCGGGCCUCUACACCUGCGUCGCUCGCAACCAGGCCGGAACCAAGCAGCAGGAGCUCGAGGUCACUGUCGCCACCUCUCCAGAGUGGAUUGUGAGGCCGCAGGACACACACAUCGAGGAGGGUCAGCCGGGUCUCCUGCACUGUCACGCUCAGGGAACACCUGAACCCCGGGUCACAUGGUACCGCAAAAGCGUCCCGAUCAGUGAGGAGGGCUCUCGUUAUAAGCUCUUCUCUAACGGGACUCUGAGGAUCAACAGCGCUGAGGUGAACGAUGGUCAGAUGUUCAGCUGCACGUGUGUGUCAGAGGGAGGAUCCAUCAGCGCACACGCACGCGUUCACAUACUGGAGAGGUUAAAGUUCACGCCCGUCCCGCAGCCGGCGCAGUGUGUGCAGCUGGAGAGAGAGAGCAGCAUCAGCUGUGUGGCGACCGGGCGAGAGACACCCACUGUACACUGGAGCAGAGCAGACGGCGCUGAUCUCCCGCCUCACGCGACUCAGAUGAAAGGAAUUCUUCACUUCAGUACCGUGAGCCGAUCCGACGGAGGAAACUACACGUGUGUGGCGUCCAGCAGCGCUCAGGGAGAGAUACGAGCACACGUGCAUCUCACUGUAGGAGUCCUCGUGGAGUUUAAGCUGGAGCCGGAGCAGACGACGGUGUAUCAGGGUCACACAGCCGUGCUUCACUGUCAGGCGUCAGGAGACCCUCGGCCCUACAUCCAGUGGAGCAUCAGAGACCGACUGCUCAGCAGCAGCUCCAGCAGGUUUCAGAAGAUGCCCAAUGGCUCUCUGGUCAUUAGUGAUGUCACCACUGAUGACACGGGCAUGUACACCUGUAUCGCGGGAAACACCUGCAACAUCAGAGACACGACAGCGCAGCUUUACGUCGUGGAGAAGCCGGUGCACCCGCGCGACGGAGACGAGGACAGGAGCCAGUUCAGGAUGUUCCAGACGAUCGCGCUGUCGGUGGCCGUGGCCGUGGCCUACAUCAUCGCUGUGCUGGGGCUCAUGUUCUACUGCAAACAGAGACGCAAGAGCAGGCGUCUGCAGAAGAGCCCUGCCGCUGAGGAGCCCGAGAUGGAGUGUCUGAACGGUGGCGCUGGUCAGAUGAACGGCCACAGGACGGCUGAGGUCCAGGAAGAAGUGGCUUUAACCACCAUGAGACCUUCAGCAAACACUGACAAACUGCACUUUCCCAGAGCGCACCUGCAGACCAUCACCACACUGGGGUGUGGCGUGUUCGGCGAGGUGUUUCUGGCUAAAGCGAGGGCUAUAGAGGAGUCCGAGGACGAGACGCUGGUGUUGGUGAAGAGUUUACAGAGUCGAGAUCAGGAGUCCGAGUUCAGACGAGAGAUGCAGAUGUUCAGCAAACUCAAACACACACACAUCGUGAGGCUGCUGGGAGUCUGCCGAGAAGCUCACCCGCAAUACAUGAUCCUGGAAUACGUGGAUCUGGGUGAUCUCAAGCAGUUCCUCAGGAUAUCAAACAGCAGCGAUGGGAAACUCAAGCCUCAUCCCAUCAGCACCAAAACUAAACUCUCCAUCUGUGCCCAGGUGGCUGAUGGGAUGCAGCAUUUAUCAGACCAGCGUUUCGUGCAUAAAGACCUGGCGGCCAGGAACUGUCUGAUCAGCGGACAGAGACUCGUCAAAGUGUCCGCGCUGGCGCUCAGCAGAGACGUCUACAACAGCGAGUACCACCUCUACAGGCAGGCCUGGCUGCCCCUGCGCUGGCUCCCGGCUGAGGCCGUGUUUGACAGCGAGUUCUCCAGUCAGUCAGACGUGUGGGCGUUCGCUGUGCUCAUGUGGGAAGUGUUCAGUCUCGGAGAGAUGCCGUACCAUCAGCUCGAUCAUCAGCAGCUGCUCGAAGCUCUGCAGGCUGGUCAUGUGACCCCGUCUCCUCCUGAAGGCUGUCCGGCUCACGUCUGCACUCUGAUGAUGCGCUGCUGGGCGUCCAGUCCUAAAGAUCGGCCGUCCUUCAGCGAGAUCGCUCAGACUCUGGCCCGUGUGCCCGCAGACACUAAAGUCUAGCGCGUCGCAUCACUGCAGCCACACACACACACACUUCAGACGCGCUC